UAAUUCAUUCAUGGGCAAUUGUUGUGGAGGCCAUAAUUUGGCUACUGCGAAUUUUUAGAUAGCGACCUAUGAUUUGUCAUAUUCGGAUCCAUCGAAAAUUGAUUUGGGUCUCUUGAAUCGCAAGGCUUUGCAGAUUUAAAGUAUGUAUUCAAAAAUAAUCAAUACAGAAUCUUAUCGCGGAUAUGUGGUGAGGAAGAAGAUGAAGAAAUAGCAGACCAAGGCAUUGGCCUAGACAUCCGACGAAACCUUCAUUUAUUAAUACAGAUCGAAUCAAAAGGAAAAUGUGAAGAACUAACAAAAUGUUUUGAAAUUUAAUAUGGAUGGCUAGUAGCAUAUUCCAGCGUUCAAUGUAAAAGAAGUUAAUAUCAGCUCGAGGUUCACUGACAAAAUUAAAAGUGUAAUAAAUGCUCUUUAGAUCAAAGGUUCUUGAUAAGUUGGAUCCAUUCAUUUUCGAUUAGGAUCAUUUAUUUAUUGAGUGUCCGUUCUCGAAACCCUUGUUGAUUGGCGAUGUCAUAUACGAAGGUCAAUGGAAUAAUUGGUAUGUUCUUUAGAUAUUUAUACUAGUCAAAAACACGGGAGAGGAAGACAAUUUUGGAUUGAUGGCUCCUAUUAUGAGGGUUAUUGGUUCAAUAAUUGUUAACAUGGCAAAGGCAGAUUGUUGUUGGCUCAAGGAGACAUUUAUGAGGGAGAGUGGAAGAAUGAUAAAGUUCAUGGUUUCGUAAUAUUGUUAAGUAUUAAUAGUAGGGUACUUACAUUCAUCAGAAUGGAGCUAAGUAUCAGGGAUAUUGGGAGAAUGACAAAUAGCACGGGAAGGGCAAGGAGUACUGGCCAGAUGGAGCUACUUUUGACGGAGAUUACAAGAAUGGAUAGAAGAACGGAGUGGGGAUUUUAAGAGAAGCAGAUGGGUCGGUUUAUGAAGGUGAGUUUUAGGAGAAUAGGUUCGAGGGUCAGGGAGACUAUAAGAUUGUUGGUGGCAAGAGGUACAUCGGGUAGUACAAGAACAAUAAGAUGCAUGGGAAGGGGGUGAGUUGGCAUGCUUAUAUAUAUAGACAUUUUAUUGGAGUGACGGCAAGAGGUAUGAGGGUGACUAUGUCAAUGGUGUGAAAUAGGGAUAUGGAGUGUUGUAUUACCCAGAUGGGAGAGUAUUUAUGAAAUAAAUAUGAGAUCUUCAAAGGAUAUUGGUAGAAUGGAAAGCAACAUGGGAUCGGUAUAUACGUUGGGAAAUCAAUGGUUGAAAAGGAAGGAGAGUGGUAAGACGGAAAGCGUGUUAGGUGGAUAAGGAAGGGAGGCGAAGUGGCGAUAAUUGAAUCUUGA